UAUGACCCCUAUGGAUUUUGAGGUCAUAGAGUCAAAGGCCAAGAUCACAAUUGUAUAUAUAUAUAUGAAUAUAGGUGAACAAAGUUAAAUGUAACUCCUAUUUACUUGUUCUGUGCUCUUUCAAGGAUACAAAUUUAUCUGCAAAUAUCAGUCAUCAUUUGAACAUCAUUAAAAACUCUACCUACUAUCCCCACACUUUUGAAUGGUCAUGAUCCUUAAUAAGACUGCCUCAAAGGCAAUAAAUGUCUGACAAAUUAGCUGUCAUUCCAGUGAAUGCAUAUAUAUUUCAUUCAGUUGUGCAUUUUUUCCUGAUGACAUUGCUCAAGAUUGAAUUAUUGCGCAUUUAAGGCCAUACUACCCUGAAGUUUGAGAAACUACAACAAUAAUACAUGUAAUCUUUUAUUACAAAUCAGUGUGUAUGCUUAAUUUCAAGGGUAAAAAACACAACAUUUGGUCAUACAUUUAUAUUAUUGCUUGCCACUGUAGCUUAUUAUAUUUACUUGAAACUUCAGUAAUUUUUCAGAGGAAUAUUCGUUUGUGUAUUUUCAGGGUAACCAAGAUCAGAGUUACAAGGGAGACCGUUGAGGUUGGCAUUCCCGAGAUGAGGUUCACAUUGGAGGAAGAACUGAACCCCACUUGCCUGUUUACAUUUAUUUGCCGGGAGAGAGACUUUAUACAAUUGUGCAACAACUACAGGUUGAAUGUUGUAGAUUCAGAAGACCUUUUUGAGCAGAUCUUGGAUAGUUUACAGGAUGUGAAGCAGUCAGGGCUUAGGGUUCGUCCCCUAUUAUUUGAAACAAUGAAGACGGUGGCCCACCUGAAACUACCAAACCUAGAGAUAAGAUGGAGACCGGCAUGUAAGACCAGAGUGGCACAACACAACAAGAUGCGGCAGGAGGAGAAAGAAGCGGACAGAAAGAGACUGGAGCGCAAAUGCAGAAAUCAGAGAGGGAAUGUUAAGCGUCGGCCACACACCCAGGUUAAGAUUGAAACGAUGGAAGCUAUGAGAGUGGAGAUGGAUCGCAUGAGAGCUGAGAUUGCAGAAUUGAGGGAGGAAGUCAGGUCUCUUAAAGAAGGGGCCAAUACUUGUACGGCCCCUUCAACUGAAAUGGCAGAACAGAGCAGGAUCCCAAGGCCAAAGGGACCUGCAUCUGCCAGUGCGCACAGGAGCCUUUUUGCAGCUGUGCGCAGGAGACCUGGCUUCGCUGCGGGCAGUGCUUCUACAACGUCAACUGCGUGCAGGACAUCAACAACAACUGCAUCAACAACUGCACGCAGUACUUCUGCCCGCAGCACGGCAGCAACUGUGGGCAGCUCUACACGGAAGACAACAUCUGCCCGCAGCUCUGCUGCCACUGCCCCCAGCAUGUCAUCAGCUGGUGGGCAGACUUCUGCCCCCAGCACAUCAUCAGCUGGUGGGCAGACGGUCGAGGGUGGGGCAGCUCGAGGUCGUGGAAAAGUCUCAACAAAACGUAAGCGUGUUGAUGACGAUGGGGGGCAGGCAAAGAAAAAACCGGCUUGGAAAUGAGAAUAAAAAUGCCUGCCCCUCCCCCACCCCUCGACCGGACUCCCUCUUCUGCAUCUCAGCCAAACAACAUCUCUCUCUGAUCCAAAGUAUUUAACGACUAUGAUCCAAAUCGCUCCACAUCGCUCCGCACCUCUUCUUCACCUUGUACAAAAUCCCUGCUCAGCAUCGCUACAUACAUGGCUGCAGUUUACCUAUAAUACGAAGGCUGCAGUGCUCUACAAUGGCUAGAGCUGUGUUUGUGUCAUGCCGGUCUCCAUGGGCCACCGUCAACAACGUCCUGAUUGUGAAUGUUGUCUGAAAAAAACACUUGAAAGGACAUUCCCACGAACAAGAACUGACGAUUUGUUUUAAGUUGUUUGUGUUCAUUUUUUAUUGGUUAAAUACAGGUUUGCCUUUUGAAAGAUGCCAUUUUUUCAACAGUGUUCUUUAAAAAAAAAAGAGAAUGUUCAUAGCCUCUUUCAUGUUUUAAAGGUAUGAUGUUCAUAUUACUAGACUUAUUUCACACCUGUUAAAAUCAGAUAAAUUUCUGAAAAG